UUCUCCGUUGUCUUUCAAAACUCACAGCUCACAGGAAUGUUGAAUGCUUCAACGGUCGGUUGUAUAACAGCGGGUAUAACUGCAUUCGCGCAUUUCGGCUGACGUCGGCGCGCCUCGUCAGUUUGCCGCAAGAUCUCGCAGAGUGAAGACGUGUUGUUGCGCUGCGUGAGCAAUUUACCCUCAAUUUUCCUGGCAUUUUCCACCCUCGAUCAGUGCAAUAAUGGUGCUCGGGAGCACCCUGAAUGCCCUCGUGAAGAUUCAGUGGCUCGCGUGAGUGAGGAAAGUGGUGAAAAGUGGGCGAGAAGUGCGCGCGACUUCUUGCACAAGGCGGAGAAUCCACAGGUGUUGCGAGCGUGUGUAAAACCUGCCAAAGUGUGCGUGCAUUUCCUCUCGUGAUCACACCGUGCAAUGGAUAGUGCGCCGGAGUGCCAGUGAAGUGUGACAUCCAGAGACUGCGGGUCACGCGGUGGCCAGAAGAAGGGCGAACGGCGACCACAAGAUGGAGGAGAGCGAGAGAUCUCAACUGCUCACCUUCGUGCUCUUCUGCCUCUUGGCGCUGGCGAGCGCUGAAAAUCCACAUCAGCUUCAAGCGCCGAGAUUCACAACACAACCAUCUUCAUUCGCAUCAAUUGUCAGUGAGGGAAGAACGAAGAUUCUCCAGUGUUAUGCCACAGGCACCCCAACGCCAACGUAUCGCUGGCUUAAGGAUGGAGUUCCAGUGGGAGACUUCACAACUAGUCAAUACUACAAGAUGCACACGACGCGUCGCGAGGACGCUGGAUCGUAUCAGUGUCUGGCGAAGAAUGACGCUGGCACGAUUUUCAGCGAGAAGAUCGGCGUGACAGUUGCAUACAUGGGCAUUUUCGAGGACUCCAGCGAGAGGCGAGUCUCCGUGCAGUCCGGCAAUGCCAUUCUGCUGAAUAUGCCACCAAUUGAGUCCGUGCCGCAGCCCUCGGUGACGUGGCAGACGGAAGAGGGACCCUUGAAUUAUGACAUAAAGUAUGCCGAAACGACACAGAAUCAGUUAAUAAUUCUCAGUGCCGAGGCGGAGGAUCAGCGGGCUUACAGGGCGCGCGCCAUUAACACGCAACUCGGCAAGGAGGAGAACAGCGCAUUCAUUCACGUUAAUGUCACGGGGGAUCCGUACGCUGAGGUGCCGCCUGAGAUUAUCGUGCAUCCGGAGAGUGUGAAGGUUGUGCGUGGACAGCAGCUGAUAAAGCUGCAGUGUAUCGCCAAUGCGCGGCCGCUGUAUCAGCUGGAGACGCUGUGGCUGAAGGAUGGUCUGCCACUAGAGGCGGCUGGAGUUACGUACAACCUGGACGAUCCGUGGAACAGGACUUUGGCCCUGCUGAACGCCAAUCUCACGUACACUGGGCAGUACAGCUGCCAAGUGCGCCUGAAGAGCGGUGAAUUCCCCACCAUUGUGUCCACGGCGAAUAUUGUGGUGCAGGAGCCGCCGUCCUUCGCCUCGCCGUUCAGGAGUGAAACCGUGGGAGAUUAUGGCGUGCGAAUGGAGCUGCCAUGCGACGUGAUUGGCGUCCCAGCGCCCUAUGUCACGUGGUUCCGCAAUGCCGAGGCGCUGGACAUGUCCACAGAUCGCUAUAGCGUGCGUGAAGACAACUCACUGGUGAUCAAGAAGCUGACAAUGGACGAUUCGGCGAUGUUUCAGUGUCUGGCGAGCAAUGAAGCCGGCGAGAAGUCGGCCUACACGUGGCUGAAAGUCAAGAAGACUAACAACAGUGGAUUGAUGCGAGAUAAGCGUUUAGCGCAGCCUAGGAUAAUCCGAAUGAGAUCUUCAUCAACACUGACUAGCAAAGAGAGGGAAUUUCUCUAUGAUAAACGCCCAUCGACACCAAUUCUUGAGCAAGCGCCGGAAAAUGUCACGGUUCUGGAUGGCAAAGAUGCGACAAUUCAGUGUCGUGCCGUUGGCGCACCGACACCAAACAUCACAUGGGUGUACAAUGAAUCGCUGCCAAUUGAGGUGUCUGGACGCGUUCAAGUGCUCGAUUCCGGCGAUUUGCUCAUAUCGAACGUGAGGGAAUCCGAUGCUGGACUCUAUACGUGCUCCAGAUCCAACGAGGCGGGAACUGUUGGUGGUGAAGCGUAUCUUUCUGUGAUGGUGAGAACCCAGAUCAUUCAGCCGCCAGUGGACACAGUUGUCCUCCUGGGACACACGGCUGCGCUGCAGUGCAAAGUGUCUUCAGAUCCUUCUGUGCCGUUCAACAUUGACUGGUACAGGGACAUCCAGGUGGCUCCGAUUGGCAACAGUCAGCGAAUUGGCGUGCAGGCUGACGGCAGUCUGGAGAUCCAGGCUGUGCGGGCGUCAGAUGUGGGCGUGUAUUCGUGCAUGGUGACAUCGCCUGGUGGGAAUGAGACACGAUCAGCUCGUCUCAGUGUCAUUGAGUUGCCCUUCGCGCCGACAAACAUCAAAGCUGAGCGCCUGGACACAUUCACGCAGAGGGCAGUGAAUGUCUCCUGGACGCCAGGCUUCGAUGGCAACAGUCCGGUGCUGAAGUUCAUUGUGCAGAAGCGAGAAGUGUCGGAAUUAGGACCCAUUCCAGAUCCUCUGCUCAAUUGGGUGACAGAGUUGAGCAAUGUUUCGGCUGCUCAGCGAUGGAUUUUACUGACAAAUCUCAAAGCUGCCACGGCUUAUCAGUUCCGCGUGAGUGCCGUGAAUAGCGUUGGAGAGGGAUCACCGUCAGAGUCCAGCAAUGUGAUCAACUUGCCGCAGGAAUCGCCGUCAGGACCGCCAGUGGGAUUCGUGGGAUCGGCCAGAUCCUCAGCGGAGAUCAUCACGCAGUGGCAACCACCGCUGGAGGAGCAUCGCAAUGGUCAGAUCUUGGGCUACAUCAUCAGAUAUCGCUUGUAUGGGUACAACGACAGUCCCUGGACGUAUCAGAAUAUCACAAAUGAGGCGCAGCGGAACUACUUGAUUCAGGAAUUGAUCACCUGGAAGGAUUAUGUGAUCCAGAUCGCGGCGUACAACAACAUGGGCGUGGGAGUUUACACGGAUGGAGCGAAGAUUAAGACGAAGGAAGGCGUUCCGGAAGCGCCACCGACAAAUGUGAAGGCUUUCGCGGUGAAUUCGACCAGUGUUCGCGUGCGGUGGAAGCCUCCGAAUCCCCAGCAGAUCAAUGGAAUUAACCAGGGAUACAAAUUGCAGGCGUGGCGGUAUGAAAUCUACGAUGGGGAGGAGCACGAAACGGAGGCGAAGAUGAUAACUGUGCCGCCGAGCUUGCUGGAUCCUCUGGCAGAACAGGAGGCCAUCAUGAUGGGUCUGGACAAGUUCACGGAGUACAAUAUGACAGUGCUGUGCUUCACAGAUCCCGGGGAUGGUGUGAGGAGUGAAUUUGUGUAUGUGAAGACGAGUGAAGAUGUGCCGGAUGAAGUGGCUUCGCUGCAAUUCGAUGAUGUCUCAGAUAGGGCAGUGAAAGUGACCUGGACGCCGCCGAAGAGCAUCAAUGGCAACUUGUUGGGCUAUCAAGUGAGAUAUCAAAUCAAGGAUCGCCCAGACACACUCAAGGUGUCCAAUUUGACGUCUGAAGAGACGAGUUUGCGUGUGAUGGAUCUGCAAGCGACCACGCAUUACUGGUUCGAAGUGACUGCCUGGACUGCGGUGGGAGCUGGAGUGCCACGGACGGCUACAAUGCAAUCUGGAGUGGAGCCAGUGCUGCCUCAUCCGCCCUUUCAGCUGGCUCUGUCCAACAUUGAAGCCUUCUCGGUGGUGCUCCAGUUCACACCGGGCUUCGAUGGGAACUCCUCGAUCACCAAGUGGACUGUUGAGGCGCAGACAGCCAGGAAUAUGACGUGGUUCACGGUGUACGAAGUGUCUGAUCCCGAAGCGUCCACACUCACGGUGACCAAUCUGGUGCCCUUCACGCCGUAUCGACUGAGAUUAGUGGCCACGAAUGUUGUGGGCGCUUCUGAGCCUUCGGAGCCCACGAAAGACUUCCAAACCAUCCAGGCCAGACCAAUGCAUCCGCCGUUCAAUGUCACCGUGAGAGCCAUGAGUGCCACGGAGCUGCGAGUGAGGUGGAUUCCGCUGCAGCAAACAGAGUGGUUUGGCAAUCCCAGAGGCUACAACAUCACGUACAAGAGUGUGGAAGGCAAGACUCCAGCUCUCAGUGCUCUGAUAGAAGAUCACACGGCCAACAGUCACGUGCUGGACAAUCUCGAGGAGUGGACAGUUUAUGAGGUGACCAUGAAUGCCUGCAACGAUGUGGGAUCGUCGAGAGACAGUCCGAAGGCUGUUGAGAGGACUAGAGAGGCUGUUCCUUCCAUGGGACCGCUGGAAGUUGAAGCCAACGCCACGUCGUCAACGACAAUCGUCGUGCGGUGGUCAGAAGUGCCGAAGGAACACCAGAAUGGACAAAUUGACGGAUACAAGGUGUUCUAUGGCGCUGCAGGGAGAGGAUCUGUCCUGUUCAAGACCAUUCCCAGCAAUUCCACCUUCACCACGACCUUGACGGAGCUGAAGAAGUACGUGGUUUAUCACAUUCAAGUGUUGGCGUACACGAGACUGGGCGAUGGCGAACUCAGCGUGCCGCCGAACAGAGUGCAGACUUUCGAAGACACUCCUGGAGCGCCGUCGAAUGUCUCCUUUCCGGAUGUGUCAUUCAGCACGGCGAGGAUCAUCUGGGAUGUGCCGGAUGAGCCAAAUGGAGAGAUUCUGGCAUAUCGAGUGACUUAUUCGCUCAAUGGAUCGGUGAAUUUGAACUUUAGCCGGGAAUUUCCGCCAUCAGAUCGGACUUUCAGGGCCACGCAACUCUUAGCUGAGAGAUACUACAUCUUCAGCGCCACUGCCCAGACGAGACUCGGCUGGGGCAAGACUGCCGCUGUUCUUGUGUACACGACCAACAACAGGGAGAAACCUCAGCCGCCGUCUGUGCCGCAGAUCUCGAGGAGUCAAGUGCAGGCGCAUCAGAUCACCUUCAGCUGGACACCGGGCAGAGAUGGCUUCGCUCCGCUGCGCUACUACACAGUUCAGCUGCGGGAGAAUGAGGGUCCGUGGACGUCGCUGCCGGAGAGAGUGGAUCCCACUGUCACGUCCUACACUGCCACGAAUCUCAAGCCCUACACGACGUAUCAGUUCAGGAUUCAGGCCACCAACGAUCUGGGUCCGUCGCCAUUCAGCAAGGAGAGCAUUGAGGUGCGAACACUGCCAGCGGCGCCGGCCAAGGGAGUGUCGGGCGUCAGAGUGGUGCCCAUCACGAUCACCAGCGUGCGUGUGCACUGGAGUCAGCUGCCCAAGUCCCAGUGGAACGGAGACUCCGUGACGGGAGGCUAUCGAGUCCUCUUCCAGCCCAUCUCGGACUUCCCCACAGCCUUGCAAGCGACGCCCAAGCAGGACAUCAUGGGCAUUGCGUCUGAGAGUGUGAUCUUGAGUGAUUUGACGCAGGACAGGAACUAUGAGAUUGUCGUGAUGCCAUUCAACUCUCAAGGCACUGGACCACCAUCGCCGCCAGUGGCUGUCUAUGUGGGCGAAGCUGUGCCGACGGGAGAACCACGAGGAGUCGAAGGAGCGCCAGUUUCGUCCACAGAAGUGCGUCUGAGGUGGAAAGCACCGCAGCAGGGCUUGCAGAAUGGUGAUUUGCUGGGCUACAAGAUCUUCUAUCUGGUCACGGAUUCGCCACAGGAGCUGGAAGAGGGCAGAAAGCACGAGGAGGAGAUUGAAGUGGUGCCAGCGUCCACCACGGCGCACAGUCUGGUGUUCCUGGACAAGUACACGGAGUAUAGAGUGCAGAUUCUGGCCUUCAAUCCGGCUGGUGAUGGUCCGCGAUCCACUCCGAUCACUGUGAAGACACUCCAGGGACUUCCGGGGCCGCCGAUGAAUCUGAAGUUUGCCGACAUCACGAUGCAGAGCCUGAGAGUGACUUGGGAUCCGCCGAAGAAGAGGAAUGGCGAGAUUCUGGGCUACAUUGUGACCUAUGAGACGACAGAGGAGAAUGACAAAUUCAGCAAGCAGGUGAAGCAGAAGGUCACGGGCACGAGUUUGCUGGUGCAGAAUCUCGAGGAGGAGGUGACUUACACCUUCGCCGUGCGUGCUCAGACGAUUGAUUACGGUCCGCCGGCGAGUGGGAAUGUGACCACGGGCCCGCAGGAAGGCUCUCCGGCCACACUGAAGGAGUUGGUGCUGUCAAAGACAGUCUCGAGUGUGGAUAUGCACUGGAUCAAUGGACCGAGUGGCAAAGGACCAAUUCUUGGCUACUACAUCGAGAGUAAGAAGCGAGACAAUGAGAAUUCGUACAAUUAUGAUCAGCGAUGGGAGACUGUCACGAGGACAACGAGUGGCACACUGCAAGAGUUCACUGUGAGCUAUCAGAGUCUUCUGCCCUCCACGGCCUACACUUUCCGCGUGAUUGCCUACAACAAGUACGGCAUCUCCUAUCCCGUGUACUCCAAAGAGGCCAUCCUCACGCCCUCGAAGCUGUAUCUGGAGUACGGUUAUCUGCAGCAGAAGCCCUUCUAUCGGCAGACGUGGUUCAUGGUGGCUCUCGCUGCCACUUCCAUCGUCAUCAUCAUCAUGGUCAUUGCCGUGCUGUGCGUGAAGAGCAAGAGUUACAAGUACAAACAAGAGGCGCAGAAAACUCUGGAGGAAUCCAUGGCGAUGUCCAUUGAUGACCGCCAGGAAUUGGCUCUGGAGCUCUAUCGAUCGCGCCACGGCGGCGGCGGCGGGACGAUCACGUCGGCCACGGCCACGAUGGCGAGUGGCGGAACGCUGGGCAGGAGAACGCUGGGAACGCUUGGCAGGAAGUCUGGCCACUCGUCGGCAGGAGCGGCCGCGCUGGGAAAGUCUCCGCCGCGGCCUUCGCCGGCGUCUGUGGCUUAUCACAGCGACGAGGAGAGUCUGAAGUGCUACGAUGAGAAUCCCGACGACAGCAGUGUCACGGAGAAGCCCUCGGAAGUGAGCUCGAGUGAUUCUCAGAAUUCUGAGAGUGAGAACGAGAGUGUGCGCUCGGAUCCGCACUCCUUCGUGAAUCACUACGCCAACGUGAACGAUUCGCUGCGGCAGAGCUGGAAGAGGCAGAAGCCCGUGCGAAACUACUCCAGCUACACGGACUCCGAGCCCGAGGGCAGCGGCGUGAUGAGUCUGAACGGCGGUCAGAUUAUUGUGAACAACAUGGCGAGAUCCCGAGCGCCACUGCCGGGAUUCUCGUCGUUCGUCUGA